CCUGUUCUUCGUUUCCCUUGUGCCCCUGUACAGUACCCGAGCAUCACUGCUUUGUUCCUGUUCCUGUUUUUGUUUCGUAUCGUUCAUUCUAGCGACUUGUUGAACAUCCAUCAACCACCUGCACCCUCAACAGCAGAGCCGGUCCUGCAAACACCUGCGCCUACACCACACCUCUCACAACUUCCUCUACUCCCUUACUCCCUACUCGCGACACGCCCUGUCCCUGCUCCGGAUCUAUCACUUGCGUCGCUCAGCUAGUCACGGAUCGACGCCAAAAUUUCCACUUGUCGCCGUCACCCGCGCCGAUCCCACUUCGGACUUCUGAUCACUCCCAUCCACCACCUUUUUUGAUCGCUCUGCUGUGCAGUAUCCUGCAGUGGUAAGACAUAUUGAAUUGGAUCCUGGUCGAGGUCAUUGAGAGCAGCCGGCCCAACGUCACUCAAGUCUUCACGUCGCCGCCUCUGAACCCUUUGGGCCAGCAUCUCAAACCACCGUCAAGAUGGGAUGUGGUGCAAGCAAAGAAGAUACCGCCGGAAAGGCAAGGAACGAUGAGAUUGACAAUCAGCUGAAAAGAGAUAAGAUGGCACAGCGUAAUGAGAUUAAGAUGCUGUUGCUGGGUGCUGGUGAAUCAGGAAAAUCUACCAUCCUCAAGCAAAUGAAACUUAUCCACGAGGGAGGCUACUCACGCGAUGAACGGGAGUCCUUCAAGGAAAUCAUCUUCUCCAACACCGUCCAGUCGAUGCGAGUCAUACUAGAGGCCAUGGAGUCCCUGGAACUACCUCUUGACGAUCAACGAGCCGAGUACCACGUUCAAACCAUCUUCAUGCAGCCACCACAAAUAGAAGGAGAAAGCCUACCUCCAGAGGUCGGCGCCGCCAUCAAAGCUCUAUGGCACGAUGCCGGUGUUCAAGAAUGCUUCAAGCGGUCAAGAGAAUACCAACUCAACGAUUCUGCACGAUAUUACUUUGACUCGAUCGACCGCAUUUCUGCACAUGAUUACCUGCCUAACGAUCAAGAUGUUCUUCGGUCUCGUGUCAAGACCACCGGUAUCACAGAGACGACCUUCAUCAUUCAAGACCUCACAUAUCGGAUGUUUGAUGUGGGUGGUCAACGCUCUGAGCGAAAGAAGUGGAUUCAUUGUUUCGAGAAUGUGACCACCAUUCUGUUUCUGGUCGCCAUCUCCGAGUACGACCAGUUGCUCUUCGAAGAUGAAACCGUCAACAGAAUGCAAGAAGCCCUCACCCUCUUCGACAGCAUUUGCAAUUCGAGAUGGUUUAUCAAGACCAGUAUCAUCUUGUUCUUGAACAAGAUUGACAGAUUCAAGGAGAAGCUGCCCGUCAGCCCCAUGCAAAACUACUUUCCAGACUACGAAGGUGGCCCGGAUUAUGCUGCUGCAUGCGACUACAUCUUGAACAGAUUCGUGUCACUCAAUCAGGCCGAAACGAAACAAAUCUACACCCAUUUCACUUGCGCCACUGAUACAACUCAGAUAAGGUUUGUCAUGGGUGCUGUCAAUGAUAUCAUCAUCCAGGAGAACCUGCGCAUGUGUGGUCUCAUCUGAUGAAUCCCCAUGACAAUUUUCGGCGUUUCCUUAUGUCAAAAUCCUUGAUUGAUCCACGACUGCAUAUACCACGGGUGUUUAGGGCUAGCCUUUAUUUCUUUUCCACGUUAUUUUUAGGAAGCGUCCGGUUUUUUUGGCGCGGUUGAACGAACAAUACUCUGCCCCUUUUUGGGGUCUGCGAUGCCACGAGUAGCCACCUCGCUGUUUCGACUGUUUUCAAAACUUGACGACCUUUCAAGGGCCGAUCGACCUCUGGGGCAGAAUGUCACGGAUGAAGGAACAGUUCGGUUUUUUCGGCAGCGAGUCUUUGUACAAACCUCGGGAUGUCUUAUGCCUACGUUCCAAACAAAACGAGAUGCCAUCAAAAGUGCAAGGGUGGCGAUGUAUAUCUUUUCUUUCUUUCCUUUCUUGCUUUAUUUGAAGGCUUUAAAAGCAGGGAGCUUGUUCACAGAUGCUAUGGUCAGGCUAUGACAGUACAGUUAUGGCCUUGAGUUGUUAGAUUCUACAGCACAAAGACAGAAGAUGACGUCCAAAUGUUGUAGUAAAGGAAUUCCAAGUAUUGAAUCGAGUUUGUUUUGGACCACUGGC